GUAUUCAUGCAUGGCUGUCUUCACUUACACGUUGUAGCUACGCAAGGCGUCUAAAUUUGUUUAUAUUUAGUUUGCCCCCCACCCAAAACACCCCAUUUCCCGCGCUUGUCCCGUUAGUGCCAUUAGGCUUCUUGUGGAAAGUGUGUGUGUUUGUUUUUGUUUCCGCCAUCUUUGUGACGUCAUGGGUCAAAGCAGACGGGCGGGAUCGGACGCUUCCGUAUUUCCGAAUUUUGGACAAGGGCAUUUGUGGUUAGCCAUGACAUAGCUCCAACUUUCAUUUGGCUGUAAUGUUAAUUAUGUAUUUGAAUAAUGACUUACAGUCAUGCCUAAUAAGCUAACUAAGAGCCAUAAGGUGCUGCCUGUGUACAUACGUGUCCUUACUUUCUGAAACUAAAAAAAUAUAACCUAUGUCGUUAGCUGCCUACAAGUUGGUACUGCAAACACUUACACUUUGUUGAGAUGAGACUCUAUGGUGUGUUGGUUCGCAUCGAUACGUAGCAGUUGAAUCAUCCCUCUGUCAUGCUGAUUCGUUGUUGUCCUUGCAAGUUCUUCGUGUCUAUAGCUGUCACAGUUUGAACAUGCCGCAUUUGGUGUGUCAUCUCUCCAGUCACUUCAUAAUUGGUUCUUGCGACAUUUCUGUAUCAACUGCUACACUACAUAGUUGAUUCUGCAGUGUUGGUGCAGUAUUGAUGCUACAGUCAUCACUGUACAUAGUCAUCAUGAGCACGGACCAAAAAAAUGUAUCACUUUGCUACUGUCAAAUCAGUCGAAAUUUAUCAAAUUAUGAUGAGUUAUGUGUGUCAUUGAAUUGUUAGGGAACUCAUGGCUCUUGUAAACAUUUUUAAUAAGAAGCUGGGCUGUUAUGCAACAGGCACUCAUACAGGGUGAACAUUAAUAAAACUGAUAAAUUGCAGGGGCGGAUUCCUGACAAGAAAUGGAGGAAAAAAGGUCCAAUGAACAUUUGUUCAGAAAUGGACAGUGCCUGUGCAACAACAACAAAUCAUCCCGGAACACAAUAAAGAGCUGCAUUGCAUCCAUGUCACAACAGACAUUGCAUUCACCUAACAACAGAUGUUGAAAAUGGCCUCCUUGGUAGCGAUUGUCAUGCAGGAUACAUAAAAUUGUACUUUGACUGACACCAUGUUGGUGGGCCACUUGUCUGGAGCUUGUACUAGUGUUCCCCUCAAUAUCCUUUACAACCUUGUCCUCCAAGUCUUAUGUACGCACAAUCCAGCACCUUCCUGCACGUUCAUUUGUCUGAAAGGACCCGUGAUCACACAAACGCCCAAAAAGGGCUUGAGGUGUUGUAUGAUGUGGUUGGUGUCUGUGAUGGUACUUGUUUUAGUAUAGCUGUGCUGCCUCUUAACAGUUUCCAUCUUCAUGGCCAUACACGAACACCAUCUCGGCUUGUUCCCAACAAGAAUACCGGACAUUUCUGUUGCUUACAGUAUGCUGCAUCAAUUGCACAGCCUGCAACACACAGGGAACACUCAGCACGUGAUCAGAGGAACAUUCAUUUGUUAGUCCACAUGCUGUGGCUGUGAUGGAUUUCCAUACACAUGUUCAUAGGACCUUUUUUUCUUCCAUUUCCAGUUAGGAAUCCAUCCCUGCAGUUUGUUGGUUUUAUUAAUGUUCACUCUGUAUAUAGCCUUAAUUGAUAGUUACUUUGACUUUGUUGUGAUGAACAAUUUCUGUACUUAAGGAAAGAAAAGAGAACAGUUUGGUAAUACACUGGAGCCUCGUGAUGGAGACUUGCAAAGAAUGCAGUAGAUUACAACAAAGAAUUGAUGUUUCCCUUACUAUUACUGAAAUGUAUUCAUGGCUUUUGGAUUCAUAUGUCCUGGACUAUUAUGUGGACAAGCACUGGCAAAAACUGCCACCAUCUUGGCAAAAUACUUUUAAAGAUGUUGAUCCUCAAGAACUCAGUUCACUAAUAAAUAAUCAAACCAAUGAACUGAGGUCCAAGAGACCCUGGCCACUUAGCUUACUGACAUUAAGGUACUUGUUAGUGAAACUGCAACUGUCAAGGAAACAAGUGGCAGAAAGUUUUCAAGCACAUAUUGUAUCACACUGUCAUGGAAAGAAUUGCCAUGAACAUAGAACUGAAAUAAAAGUACCAUCUGUUUUAGCACCUACAGCCAAAGUUAAUGAAACAUCGGGAGAACAUCUAAUUUCUAAAGUAGAUAAAGUCUUGACAAGACAUGUUAAACCAAAAAAGCAGUAUGAAAUAAAUUCGAUGGCAAAGGUAACUGCGCAAGCAGCUGAACAUUGUGAUGUGAAGUUGAUUGUGGACGUCGGAUCAGGACUGGGACAUUUGUCACGAAUGCUGGCAUACAAAUAUGGGCUUCAGGUGUGCUGUAUAGAAGCUCAAGGUAACCUUCUGGAACAAGCAAGGAUUUUAGAUAAUGAUACAGAGAAGUACUUGUCAAAAUACUUAUCGGCCGAAGAAAUGAAGAAGUUAUGUCGACCAGUGCAUAUAAAUGCUGUCAUUGAUUCACAAUUCACAGCCCUUUCACUCAUGAAGGAACUGAGGAAUGCAUAUGGAACUGAUGAAAAUGAUUUAAAAUUUGGAAUAAUAGGCUUACAUCCUUGUGGUGAUUUGGCGCCUAUUUUAUUAAAGCUCUUUACUGAUUGCCCUGAUGCUGUAUUCAUCAAUGUUGUUGGAUGUUGCUACAUGAAAAUAUCAACAAAUAUUGAAGGUGCACCAAAGUUCAUGGGCUAUCCACUAAGCACUUUUGUAUCCAAGAGGCCACAUAUGUUGAGUUUUGAAGCACGUGAAAUAGCAUGCCAUGCAAUAGAGACAUACAGAGAUCGUCUUCAUGCUGGCGAUUAUGAGAAUUUAAAAAUUCAUUGUUUUCGGGCUCUUCUUGAGAAGAUUUUGGUCAAGCAUUGGCCUCAUUUACGGCACUCUGUUGUCAAAAGCAUCAAACAUUACAGUGGCCUGAAUUUUCGAGACUACUGUGAGAUUGCCACUGCAAGACUUGGUGUGAAAAUACCAAGUGAAGACUUCUUCUCUGAGGAAACUUGUUUAAGCCUGUCUGAGUGGAAAAAAGUUGUCACAUUUUACACUCUUCGUUUGAUGUUGGCUCCAUUAGUGGAAACAAUAAUUCUCUUGGACAGAUUACUUUUCUUACAAGAAUUAGAAAUUGGCAGUGCCUUGAUUCCUUUAUUUGAUCCAAAAAUUUCUCCAAGAAAUCACAUCCUCAUUGCAUUGAAGCAUUUCAAGUUUUAGCAUCUUAUGUGAUUUCAACAUGAUGAAAAUCAAGUAUGCAAAGAACAUGCAGAUUGUUACCAUUUUCUGUUAUCUUUACAUCUAGUAUAGUGUUAACAAUAAAGACAAACUAUUUCAGGGAGAAAAAUAUAGCAUAAUAUAUACUGUAUGUUUCCAUUUGUACUGCAAGAGAUUCACUGCAAAUAUAUUUUUUACUGCAUAAUACCCUCAUUACCUGUGCCAUGUGCUUAAGAAAUAGUAGACAAGAAACUAGACAUGAUUGCAGUAUGCUGCUAUGCAAACUGUGCCUUGAGUGAUAAGUCUGUGUUGGUUGUGUUGGCUUCAUCGUCACUUUCUUCAGUACUUACUUUCUCAAACCCUUGAUGACGGUCCAGAAAUUGGCCUAGUUUGAAGCCUUCAACAUGAGAUGUGUGGAAUGCCCACCGCUUGUUAUAACUGCUGUAUCUUAGAAGACAGCCUGACAAAAAAUGUUGCACAAUGUUAAUUUGAAAUUUUCACAAUGAACAAGCAAGAACAAGUUGUUCUAUGAAGUGCAGAUAGAAGAUUUGGCACACUGCAGUACCAUCAUGUUACUAUAUCACCUAGUGACAGUGUUUAAGUACACAAAGAUAUAAUUUGCAGGAGAGACCAGUUCAAUGUUUGUAAGAAUAUGAAACAACUGAUGAAGUUUAGUGCAACAUUUAAAACUGUACUGAAAUUUGUACCUGUCAUAUGCUUGAUUUUCUUUCUUCUGCAACUAUUCUUUCCAGAUGUUUCAUAUUGUAAUGUAUAUUGUAUUCUGCACUGGCAACUUAGUUGUAGUGUUUCAGUUCUGAAAUGUGCGACUAUUGAACAACUGAAUCUCUGGGCUGACAUUUGGGUACUUGAACAUGCGAGUUACGAAAUGAAUCUGACAAGGAAUUAUUGCUUUUUACUUAAAAAGAAUAUAUGGAUGUCAGUGGUGUCCAGCAGAAGUACUGGAUUCAUCAAGUACAAAUAGCUUGAGCUUGAGAAAAAUAUGGGCACCAACCUUAAAAUAGUUUUAUGCCAUGCGUACACUACAUAAAGUCACUGCCUACUUUUGUAGUUCUGAAGGAGUUUCUCCUUGACAAUUGAGCAAAAUCUGCAUUAAGUAAUGAGCAGAAUAACACAUACCAGAUUCAUUUCUACCCACAGUAUCUUUAUUUUUGUAGCCAGGAACUUUAUCUUAUUUCUGCCAUCCCUUUUCCUUAGAUUAAAAACACAGAAUGGCAUUCAGCUUCACUAAUGAGAAGUGUGCCACAUUGAGUCAUUGUGGCCAAACAGAAAAACAAAAGUCGGAAAUGCAUGUGAUCCAACAAUAACAAAUAAAGCACAGAUUGGUGAAAAGACAGGUACAUCCACACAUUAUGGAACAGUCCUGCAGCUAAAUCAUUAAUGCUUGAAGUCUUGUGGGCAUGGUAUAUUUUAGAGAAAGACAUGACUCUCUGUCACAGGUGAAUCGUGUGACCACGUUGUGAGUGUGAAAGGAGCUUCUCUCAUUGUAGUGUUUAUUGCUUUCCUUUAUUUGAGCAAGUUAUGUGCAGCAUUCAUGGAACGAAAUCUGCUACAAAUGUUGAUUUAUAUCAUGUGCCUGUGACUAUAAAAAUAAUUAAAGAAACUAUUUUUU